AUGGCCUCCUCUGCGACAUCCUCAAUUCUUCGCGCGUCGCGACCGGCCUUCCGCCAGGCCUUCCGCCAACAGACACCCUUCCGCAGCCAACAGUUUUACCAGGGCGGACGACGAUGGCAGAGCUCCGAGGCUGGUGCCCAGCAGCAGCAGGCACAGAGCUGGUUUAAGAAGGCGUGGGAGAGUGAGGUUGGCAUCAAGACUGUGCACUUUUGGGCGCCUGUCAUGAAGUGGUGCCUCGUUAUUGCGGGUAUCGCCGACAUGGCCCGUCCGGCCGAGAAGCUCUCGUUCACGCAGAACUUUGCCCUGACCUGCACGGGUCUGAUCUGGACCAGGUGGUGCAUGAUCAUCAAGCCCAAGAACAUACUGCUCGCUACCGUCAACUUCUUCCUUGCAAUGGUUGGUAUCGUCCAGCUCACCCGCAUUGGCCUGUACGAGUCCAGCAAGAAGUCUGCCGGCGAGGCUGUUGCGGACGUAAAGGAGGAGGUGAAGCACAACGUCAAGGCUGUCAAGGAGAUCAAGAGCUAA